UCGACAUUGGCCAGCGUCGCCAUGGCUGCCUGCCCCAACAAGUGUUCCGGACACGGCAAGUGCGGCCUCAACGACUUGUGCGACUGCAUGCAGAACUGGGUCGGCGGAGACUGCUCCGGUCGCCAAUGCCCGUUCACUCGCGCGUGGCACGACACGGCCCAGCGAGACGAUGAUGGUCAUUACUACGCCGAGUGUGGCAACCGCUGCACGUGUGACCGGACGACUGGGGAGUGCGCGUGCGACGCCGGCUUCGUCGGCAGCGGCUGCCGUCGCAUGCAGUGCCCCAACGACUGCAGCGGCCACGGCACGUGCGAGUUCAUCGAAGAGCUGGCGUCGGAU